CUCAUAGUUUUCGUCAAAAUUGUAUCAAGUGUUUUUCGUAGCUAUCGUGAAUAAUCAAUCAGUCCAUGGUAAUAAUAUAAUUUCGAUUAGUUAAGUCGUAACCAAAUUUAGUCGUGUCCAAAUUCCUCCGAGUGCAAAACAGAACUCCUUUAGACAGAAUGAAUAAAAUUCGUAGUUUGUGUGGCCUUGGCCAUCCACUGUACAUACGUCAGGUGCUAAGAAUGGGAGGUGUUGGAAGCGUACGUUUCUCCUGCGCUGACCAGGUGGGACGCUUUAAAGGACUCGUGAUUGGUAUCUACCAGAAGGAGGGCGACAAAGGGCCACGCCUAACACCAACCGGAGAGCGAUUCAACGAUCGUACCACUGGUAAGCUCGCGGAACUGAUAUGCGAGUGCCAAGUGUCGGGAAACCUGGGGCGCGGAAUGGUAUUCAACAACAUAGACCCCUCAUAUAAGAGCGUAGCUGUUGUUGGCUUGGGACUGGAGGGCAUUGGCUUUGAUGAGCUGGAGAUGCGUGACAAUGGCAUGGAGAAUGUGCGCAUAGCUGCCGGGGUCGGUGCACGUUCCCUUCAGCACAUGGGCUGUCUUGACAUCAAUGUCGAUAGCAUGGACUAUGCCGAACAGGCAGCCGAGGGUGCCACACUUGCCGUUUGGCGAUUCACGGAUAUGCUUACCGGAAAAAAUCGUGUGUCAAUUCCGACACUAGAGCUGUUCGAUUCGCCCGAUGCAGAUGGUUGGAUGCGUGGAAUUUUUAAAGCAGAUUCCCAGAACUUGGCCCGACGACUGAGUGAUGCGGCAGCCAAUUGCAUGACUCCCACACUGUUUGCUCAAGCUACCGUCGAUGCCCUUUGCCCCUGUGGCAUCACCGUGGAGGUGCGCACCAUGGAUUGGAUCGAGGUGCAGCGAAUGCAUUCGUUUUUGAUGAUUGCCAAGGGCUCCUGCGAACCGCCAGUUUUCAUGGAGAUCUCCUACUGCGGCACCGCCCCCGAAGACAAACCGGUGCUGGUCUUAGCCAAGGGGAUAACUUUCAAUUCAGGCGGCAUUAACCUCCGGGAAUGCGAAGACAUGGACGAGUAUCGUGCCAGUAUGUCUGGCGCGGCUGCGGCGGUGGCCAUGAUGCGUGGCGUGGCUGCACUCUCUCUACCGAUUAAUGUAACCGUUCUGAUACCUCUAUGUGAAAAUAUGCCCUCGGGCAUGUCCUGCAAACCAGGCGAUGUCGUCACGCUCAUCAAUAGCAAAUCCAUGGCCAUACGGGACCUGGACAAGGCGGGUGUGGUGGUGAUGGCCGAUCCCCUGUUAUAUGGCCAACAAGUGUACAAGCCACGUCUAGUCGUCGAUGUGGCCUCUUUAGCCAGAGGCACACAGAGAGCCUUUGGCGGUGGCGCAUCGGCCGUCUUUUCGAACUCACAUUACAUUUGGAAACAACUACAACAAGCAGGAUCCCUCACUGGAGAUCGCGUGUGGCGUAUGCCUCUUUGGCAGUAUUACAAAAAGCAAGUAACAGAUGAACUGGCCUACGACCUUAGCAAUAAUGGUCGAGGCCUGGCCAGCUCUUGCUUGGCAGCUGCGAUACUGCAUGAGCUGGUGCCGUGCGUAGACUGGGCCCACAUUGAUACGCGCGGCACAGGCAUGAUGACCACAUUUGGAAUAGUUCCCUAUCUCACAAAGGGAUUCAUGACCGGCCGACCAACCCGCACCCUUAUCCAAUUCCUGUACCAACUGGCCUGUCCCAUAGAUAAGUCAAACCCCGAUGUCUAUACCAGAGCCUAAUGUAUAUAUACUUGUAUGUGCGCAGUGUAUAUCCAAUUGAGCGUGCAAAUGUGUGUGUUACGUAGCAUUUGGCACUUUAGUUAGCCCCAUAGUCUUUCGUACUUGAAGUUGUUCAACAUCGAUUUGCAAUAAAUAAUCAACGCUGGCCAUGGUGGUCAGCAAUGAUCAGGUA